UUCCCAUCUCCAGAGCGAAAGUCGCCCCUCCGGACAGCGAGUACGAGGGAUCCUGGUAACUGGAGGAGAGGACUUACAUUUCGAAAGCAUGUCGGCUUCUGCACGUUUCGCGCGGUUCGGUGGUGGCUACGGCAGGAUGUCAACCUCACAGCACGCUUCGUCGUUCAGCUACUCAAUCACGAGACCAUACCCAUAUCGGUGGUUUACGCCGGUUGUUGUGGUGGGCUUCAUCGUCUUCACCAUCUUGUUUUCCUUCCUGAACCUUGUAACAAGUGGCUAUACACUGGUAGUCCAGCAGUCGGCUGACCCCAAUGCGACGAUGGCCAACAACGGAGUAUGGAGCCGCCACAUACCCGCUUUUCUAACGAACAAAGUACAGCCGUCAUGCCAAACCGUCAACGUGCCCCUGGGAAGCGAGCUCUUUACCAACCAAACAGCGCUCACUUACACCCUGACCGAUGUAUGGCAGCCGAGUGGUGGUGGAGCUGCAGCUGGCAACGGUGUUGCACCAUCCCUAACCUACUUCAACAACAUCCUGGAGAACUGCACUGUGAACUCUGUGGAAAUUGACUAUGCCGCCAUGGAUCGUACAGCAAGUCAGUUUGCCUACUCCGAGUGGGGCGCUGUCGUCCGCACUUACGCCACAUGCUCGAUCGUCGGCACGAAUGGCACUACCAACUUUAAUGUAACUCAAGAGUACGACUAUGUGCCAUCUGACGUUAGCGCGAUGACGCUGUACACGUUCCUGGGCACAAACUUUCUGUCACGAAACAAGACGAGCAAGUCGAGCUUGUUCUGGGGCGAGUCGCUGAUGUCGAUGUAUUGGGCGUUCAGUACCUAUCAGAUGCAAAACAUACGAGCGAACCAAACUUCGAACAACCAGCCGGCCGUCCGCAAAGGCACGAUGUACUUUUACCCGAAUACCAACAAAGUCGUCAGCAACAUGACAGAUCCCGACUUCUUCCAGUGCGAUUUCCGGUUCAUCAUCGACAAAUCCUUGGGUAACUACGACAUAGUCUAUCCGGGCAGCUAUGGCGAAUACAAGGAGCAUACUCAGCUCUCGACUCUGCUUAGCAUGCAAGCCUAUCCUAAUAUCUGGCAGGACGCUGACAUCCUUGCGAAGGCCGCUUACUCCACGGUGCUUGCUGAUCUGGGACAGUCUUCCGCAAGGUCAAACAUUCUCUUGGACCCUGAUCAGUUAAAAUACUUUACCGCCAAUUUCAGCGAAGCACGACAUAAUAUUGCGAAUGCCUACCCCGGACCUGCAGUUAGGCAAUACGGGACUGAGCAGUCUGGGCCUUUGGGUACGACACCGUCAACACUAAGUGCCUCGUACCUGUGCCAGGUACCACAACGCAAGUCAAUUGGCAACCUCCUCAUCUCCGUCUUGGUAGCGGACCUGGUUUUCCUGCAAGUGGUAUGCAGACUAAUGACUUUAAGCCCAACUUGAACAAUGCUGACAUAGUCCUAGGUCUGGUUCUUCUUCCGGCUUGGGGUGGAAACUCUCAUGACUCGUAGGCAUCCGGAGUGCAACAACUGCUUAGGUUGCGCGGACGCUGGCGGCGCAGGGGCGCAAGUGAUCGCCGUUGGCGGCGGCAGGUAUAGCCGCGACGUCUCUCCCGCGAGGACACCUAUCCAGAUGCGCUUUGACAAUAAAGAUGAUUCCGAGAUGGAAAUGGGUGGUUUAAGACCUCUAGUGAUGAGGGGAAGGCGGUCGUUAUCUGGUGGGAUCAGAGAUUUCUCUGGCGCAAGCUACGAGAGCCGUGAAAGGAGCGUCA